AUGUCUGGCUUUGGUUUGGAUAGUCUUGUGGUUGGGAGUGCAGACCCAAAACGGAAGGCCCUUCUGAAAGGGCCACAGUCCCGCAACUGGACCUCAUUUAUUGAAGCUAUCACCGCGGACGGCCGUGUCCUUACCCCUGGCAUUAUCUUUAAGGGCAAAGAACUUCAGAAACAGUGGUUCUUGACGGAAUUCGGCAAAAUAGCCGACUGGCAUUACAUAACGUCGCCCAACGGAUGGACGGACAACCAUAUCGCUAUUGAGUGGCUUGAGAGGAUGGACAUGGAAGUCAUGCAACGGAUGCAUGGAUGGCCACAUGCUUUUUGA